AUGCCAAGCUCCCUACAGAAGACCCGCAAGCAAAUCGCCAAGAAGCGCAAUGGAGAAGUUAAUGCCCUUCACGCCAAAUCGAGGGACUCGAUGCGCCUGCACAAAGCUGGAGUCCGAGACCAGAGAUUAGAAAAGCUCGCGGCUGCUAGAGCUAGGAGGGAACAACCCAUUGUUGAUCGAGUGGCAUUCUUCCAGCAGUGUCUCGCUGAAAAGGAUAAUAUGCCCUUUGGCGUGGAAGCUGUUCAGUCCUCGAUCCAAAAGUUUAUUCAUCAAUAUGACGAGGAAUAUGACUCCAUCAAAAAGGUCCGGCGUCCAGGUCGACCCGCCAGUGCCAGAGAGGACAUUCUAAAGGCGAAGAUGGGUGCGUUGGAAAUAGAGUAUCAGAGAGGUUUCGUUCUCCCAGACUUCAUGUCUGAUCAAAGCGCAAAGCUUCUGGAAAAUUGGAAGGGCGAAUGGGCUUACUUGGCGACAUUAUCAUGGAUCAAACUAUCGAGUGCUGGCCAGGUCAGACCAGCUGAAUUUCCUUCAAAGGGCAUUAGCUAA